AUGUUGUACCCCAUUGUCACCUAUAUAAGAAGCCACCAGAUCUCCCCACCGGAUUUGAUCCCCAAAGAUCAAUUUAAUCGACCAGAAAUCAUUUUACGAUAUAUCAAAUAUCAAAUCGUUGAAGCUAUGGACCAUCUCCCCAAAGAUGAAUCGGCAGUCCGUGGUGAUAAUGCUGGGACUGAAUUAGCAGACUCGAAGGCUCCAGAGGUCAGCCAAUCAGGUUUGAUAGAUACCACAGAGGCUGUAUCGUCUUUGGUGGAUGCCUUGUGCCAUCGCCCAAACAAUCCACCAUCACUCUACAUCGACCUUGAGGGCGUCGACCUUUCCAGAAUUGGGACAAUCUCCAUCCUUCAAGUUUAUCUACUUCCAACCAAUGAGACCUAUCUCGUUGACGUCCGAUGUCUUGGUUCAGCAGCAUUCACGACAUCUGGCGUCACCAACAAGGAAAUGACGCUUCAGUCAAUCCUCCAGUCUGACCAGAUCAUAAAGGCAUUCUUUGACGUCCGUAAUGACUCAGAUGCGCUUUAUAGUCACUACGGUAUCGAUCUCGCGGGAAUUUGCGACAUUCAGCUUAUGGAGCUUGCGACACGCUCUGGCCGGAAGAAGAUGGGGAACGGUCUUGCAAGGUGUAUUGAGCGGGAUGCACCAUUCACGUGGCAAGAACGUCAAGAGUGGGGAGCUGUCAAAGAAGCUGGGAAGAAGCUUUUUGCUCCUGAGCGGGGAGGAAGCUAUGAGGUGUUCAACCAUCGUCCAAUGUCGCAGGAGAUGAUCAUAUACUGCAAGAAGGAUGUGCAGAUUCUGCCUCGUCUAUGGCAAACUUACUCCGCUAAGAUGAGUUCAACAUGGGCUGCUAAGGUAGAAGCUGCAACGAAAGAUAGAGUCAAACUGUCACAAAGUGCCACCUUCGUUGGACAAGGAAGGCACAUGGCUCUGGGGCCUUGGUGA